ACCUUAAUACAAAUUAGUAAAACGAUAUGGCAGCACAAUUAAAGUUAAAACAGAAUAACUGUUUUUGGUUCAAAACAAAAUAAAAGGACGCAUAUUUACGUUGCUAAAAUCGAAAGCUGCGUAAAUAAUAAAAUGUCUUCCCAUUAAAUUUCGUAGAGCGUUAAAACAUAUAUUUUUUUAAUAAAAGGAAAUCAUUUUCAGUUAAAUAGUGCACCAGGGACAAGAUAGCAGUCUAUAAUUAAUGAUGGAUGACUUAAUAGAUAUUGAGGAGCAGUUAGCUUCAAUGUCUAUAAAUUCCAAAAACGUAGCAAACAAAUCAAACGGUGGUAUAGAAAAUAUGGUGAAAAAAGAGAACUCACUCAGUGAAAACAUUGGACGCAGAAUAAUGGAUGCAUCUGAUUUGAUCCUUUCUAGUAUUGCAACUAAAAAGAAGGUGAGAUGCGGUGUAUGUUCUCUUAAGCGUUUAGGUAAUAAUCGUAAUGAAGUAAGUACUAAACGCUCAUUGAAACAUAAUGCGACGCGCCGAAGUUUGUUUAGUGAACCAAAAAAAAUAAAAUGCAUAGAUGUCAAUGGUAACGCAUUUAACAAAACCAAAUGCAUCGGUGAAGCAUCAUCACUUGGUGUUGUGUUCAAUUGCUGUAAUCCUGAAGCAUAUAAAUGGUCUGAACAUGAUCUUACACCAAUUUCGGAUGCUGAAAAUUUUGGUAAUGCAUUUAACAAAACCAAUUGCAUCGGUGAAGCAUCAUCACUUGGUGUUGUGUUCAAUUGCUAUAAUCCUGCAGCAUAUAAAUUGGCGGAACAAGAUCUAACUCUAAUUUCGGAUGAUGCACAUUGCGAGAGUCACACCAAAACUUCAAAGAUGGAUGUGCAUUACUGCAAUUAAAAUUCUGUUUUUGAAGCAUAAAUAUUUUUUUAAUUUUUGUUAUGACAAAGACUUUUUUUUAUUAUACAUUUAUAUUAUCUUAAUGUUUCGUGUUCGUAAAAAUAUGUUCGUAAACUUUUUAGCAUUGUAUGUUCUCAUAAAAUAACAAUUAACGAAAGAUUAACUUAAUAAUUUAGUGAUUUUGACCUUAUGCAAUAAUCCUUUUAAAACUUACUAUUCAACUAAAUACUGCAGGAGCAGCUAAGUCUACACCCAACAGUCUAUCGUUUACGACGACUAAGUGCUUUUGUUGUUAUUGUAGUGCAUGGAAAUCUACUGAUAUAACUCUUUUUUGGGAAUGGUGAAUGGCACUUUGUCGUCAAAAUUGACAAGUAGCUCCGAGACGUACACGCGACUGCUCUUGAAACCAGCAAAUGCUCUUCACUAUUGCUGUUGGAGUUUUGAUUUUUAAAAAAACAAUGAAAUGAUACGGGUUUUAAUCAUUCAGCUAAACUAAUUUAAACUGAGGUUAAAACAAAUUAGGAAUAAAUAGCUGGUCUAUUAAUGAUGUUUCAGAAACAUAUCAAUAAAAUCUGUACACAUACGUAUCUAAAUUGUAUACAUUAGCUUGAGUAGUUGCAUAAAAUAAGUAUCUUUUUCUGUAAUGUUCGAUUUAAAUUAAAUAAUAAUUCUUUUAAAAACAAAGUG